CCGCGCGCCCGACCAACCACGAGAACUACUGAGCGCGCGCUCCAGCUGACCCGAGACCCGCUUCAGACAGGUGCUCGUUUGGGCUUAUUUUGACGCUAAAGCAGUACUUUAUGAAACACAGGGCAUGCUGGCUGAGUGGAAUAGAGGAUUUCUUCCUUCCUUCAACGUCUUCAGUGCAGAACCAGCGCUGAAUGAAACUGUAUGAACAAUUAGCUGACAGACGCUCAGAUGUGUCUAGCUGUGAAGGAAUAGCGACGAUUAACCGACCAACAAAAAAAACUUGUGUUUGACAUUGACGCGUCAUGGCAUCAGUGUCGUGGAGACACGCGCUUUUCGUCUUGGUAGCUGUUAACCUGUUAGUGUUGGCAAGAGCAUGCAGCAGUCACUAUGGAAGUGCCAUUGAGGAGUUUUGUUUGGCUAAAUUUAAGCUGGACAUGGAGGUUCUGGAUCAGCGUCAGUGGUGUAGCUGGGAGGACACAGUGGAGUCGUAUGGGGAACUGACCAACUGCACGUUCCUGGUGGCUCUAAAGAUGAACUGUUUCUGGCCCAACCGCAUGGUGGACGAGUUCUUCAUCCGGGUGCACAGGCAUUACUUCCAUGACUGCUCACUGUCUGGACGGCUGCUUCACGACCCGCCCAAUCGGAUCCUGGGGCCUUUUAUCGUGGUGCCCAUUCUGGUGACGCUGCUCAUGACUGCUCUGGUGGUGUGGAGGAGUAAACGCAGCGAGGGAAUCGUAUAAAUCCAACAACUUCCACCUGCAGCAAACAAUAGAGAAGGUGAUUUCACAAACUCAAUGAGUUGAAACACUUUUACUGAACACUGCCAUGGUGUUAACUGAAAAAUCCUUUAUAUGGACAAAACCUAACACAGUUUCUUUUAGCUAGUUUUCAACUAAAUAUUUUGUCAUGCCAGCAUUUUUUUCAGUAAAAAGGAUCUUCAAAACAAAUGCAAGUCAUUAUUGCGAUGACGGAUACACAUCACCUUGGAUGGAUAAACACCAAACAAAAGGAAGAACACUGUUUUAUUCUGUGUUUGACUGUGAUGUGAACACUGUACUCAGUCACUUUGUCACCUGUAAACCUCAACACAUUUAUAAUCGUGCUUGUGCCAAAUGAUGAUAUUUUUGAUGGCAGACAUGAUUGCUGUUAUUUUGUUGAUUUAAAAAAAAAAUAGAACAAUGAACAUGCCAAUAGUAUUUACAAUAUUAAUGACACCCCCCCCCCCCCCCCCCCACCAAAAAAAAAAAAAAAGAAUGGAGAAAUUAAAUGUAAAUUGAUUAUUGUAUUUAAAAAGUGUGUCCAGAAUCAGACAUUUUGGUCAUAUUUUGUGAUUCACAAAUGUUCUUCAUUUAUUUGUGGUUGUGAAUUGCAUUAUGGGACCUUGAUCUCUGCUUUCUCUGCUUUUGAUGUUGAAAAUUCAACUUAUACUAUUUAAAAGGGUGCCUUUAAUUGAAAGUUUAGUAGUUUAACAUAAAAAGUAGUUUAAAAAUAAAAGUCACUUUUUUAAUCGUUUCAAGGUUAAAAGUUGUUGGAAGAAAGAUCAAGGAUCCAUAAUGCAAUUCAAAAGCAUAAAUAAAUGGAUCACAUAAUAUGAAAAAAUAAAUCACAAAAUA